AUGUCAUCGGAGCCUGCCCCGCUGUCGAAGACGGCGAAAUACAAGAAGAUUACGAAACCGCUUCUAGAGAGGAAGCGGCGGGCGCGUAUUAACCGAUGCCUGGAUGAACUUAAGGACCUCAUGGUUGGCGCGUUGGAGAUAGACGACGACAACCUAAGCAAGCUGGAAAAGGCAGAUAUCCUUGAGUUGACAGUUAACCAUCUUACAAAGUUGCACAGCCCUAAAGAUCCGGUGUUGGAAGCAAAGAAGUUUCAGGCGGGAUUCGGACAGUGCGCGGCGGAGGCGUGCAGGUUUAUCAUGUCCGUGCCGGACUUGGAUGAAAAAGUGAGCCAGAAUUUGAUCAACCAUUUGUCAAGGCUGAUUACCGCUCAGCCUUUAACAAUACAGGUUCCUGAUCGGCCGCCAUUCUCACCGCCAACCUCACCAUCUUCGCUCAUAUCAGACAGACAUCACUACUACAGCGACCACGAUCGAUCUUCUUCUGAUGCUGAAGAUUCCGUAUACUCUGGAGAUAAUGCUACAAAACAAUGGGCAUACAACAGACAGAACACUAGAGCGCCACACAAGUCCUACCAAAUGGCGGGUUUGCUCACUACAGUUGACAAACUUCAACAUAGCCCACCUCAAGAUCACGUACCAGGACAAAGGAAUGGGUACUUUAAUCGGGUUCCAGUCGAAGCUAAAGAUGUUAUUCUACAAAAAAUUAGACAACACAUAAUGGAUAAGCGCAACAAUGACGUCACCACUGACUUUAAUGAGCAGCCUGAAUCAAACUAUAUACCUAAAGAGGAAAUAUACAGAGGUGAAUAUGAGUACCCAUAUACAACAUCCAAUUAUCCUGGCAACAACGACACCCUGGAUUUGAGAAAGAUUAAAUCACCCAUUGACUCAGCCCCCGAGGUCACCCACUCGCUGAAAAACUCUCCGACGUACAGCAACGUUAAUGAAUUUGAUCCGACAUCCGCCGUGAGCAAAUCCAAUGUGAAAGCUAUUCUUCCGGAACAUUGCGAAUCGCCGAUGGAUUACAGCAACUUACCACCUAAAAAGAAAAGGAAACUUAUCGAGUACCAGGAGUACAAAAAACAAGAGGAGGCUAAACGUCAACUGGACGCUUUUUAUGCAGAGAAAAAAGAUCACCUUCGAGAGGGACCACCGGCGGAACUCGAGCUGGACGUUAAUAAAUGGCGCCCUUGGUGA